AUUCACACAUCUGUCAUUAUAUAAUACAAAGUUGAGAAAUUACCUACAUUUCUUCUUGUAGAUGUUACGUACAGCGGCGCAAAGAGCUCUAAACGGAGCUUUCGUAAGUCCCAAACAAUUAGGAGUCCUUGUGACACGAGGAGCGGGAGAUGCCAAAAAACCUGCUCAAAUUGAAGUAUUCAUAGAUGAUAAACCUGUAUUAGUCGAUCCGGGUACAACGGUACUCCAAGCGGCCGCAUUAGUCGGCGUUGAGAUACCGAGAUUUUGUUAUCAUGAACGAUUGGCGGUCGCUGGCAAUUGCAGAAUGUGUCUCGUCGAGGUGGAAAAGUCGCCUAAACCGGUUGCGGCCUGCGCGAUGCCCGUCAUGAAAGGCUGGCGUAUUAAGACUGAUUCGGAGAUGACUAAGAAAGCGAGAGAAGGUGUCAUGGAGUUUCUAUUGGUAAACCACCCCUUGGACUGUCCGAUUUGUGAUCAGGGUGGUGAAUGUGAUUUGCAAGAUCAAUCAAUGGCUUUUGGGUCGGAUCGAUCCCGGUUCACUGACAUAGAUUUUUCCGGUAAGAGAGCGGUGGAAGAUAAAGAUAUUGGACCACUAAUUAAGACCAUAAUGACACGAUGUAUUCAUUGUACACGGUGUAUACGGUUUGCUUCCGAAGUAGCUGGUAUCGAUGAUUUAGGUACUACGGGGCGAGGUGCUGAUAUGCAAGUGGGAACUUAUGUUGAGAAAUUCUUUUUAUCCGAGUUAUCUGGGAAUGUUAUCGAUUUAUGUCCCGUAGGGGCGCUUACUAGUAAACCUUAUGCUUUCACGGCUCGUCCUUGGGAAAUUCGUCGAACCGACUCUAUUGAUGUGUUAGAUGCCGUUGGUUCCAAUAUAGUUGUAUGUACCCGUACGGGUGAGGUGCUAAGAAUAUUGCCACGCACCAAUGAGGAAGUCAAUGAAGAAUGGUUAUCCGACAAAUCUAGAUUCGCAUAUGACGGACUGAAGAGGCAGAGAUUGGUAUCGCCGAUGGUAAAAGUUGAUGGACAACUACAACCAGUUGACUGGGAAACUGCGUUAAUUGCUAUUGGAAAAAAAAUAAAAUCCGCCGGUUCGGAUAUUGGAGUAAUAGCGGGAGGUAUGGCAGACGCAGAAGCACUAGUUGCUUUAAAAGAUCUUAUAAAUAAGCUCGGUUCUGAAGACGUGUGUACUGAAAAUCCUUUCCCUGUAAAUGGUUCUGGUACAGACUUGCGUUCCAGUUACCUACUCAAUAAUACAAUUGCAUCUGCCGAAGAAGCUGAUGUGGUAUUGUUAGUGGGGACUAACAUACGACUGGAGGCACCGUUGUUAAAUGCCAGAAUUAGGAAAGGAUAUGUACAUAAUGAAACUGAGAUUGGAGUUAUCGGCCCUCAAGUGGAUUUACGAUACGAUUACACACAUGUAGGUGACGAUCCUUGCUCUAUUAAAGACCUAGAAAAUGGAAACGAUACAUUUGCAAAAUGCCUAAAGAAUGCUAAGAAACCACUCAUUAUCGUCGGGCAGGAUGCUUUAAAUCGACCUGACGGUAGCGGAGUCCUGUUGGCAGCACAAUCUCUGGCGGCGCUCAUUCAAAAAAAUGUACAAGAUCCACAGUGGAAAGUUCUAAACAUUCUGCAUAAAGUGGCGGGUCAAGUUGCAGCAUUAGACGUUGGAUAUGUCCCCGGUUACGAAAAACUUAAAGAUAAUUCCAAACUAAAGGUUAUUUACUUAUUGGGAGCAGAUGAAGCAAUAGAGAGAUCCCAGUUUCCAUCCGAUUGCUUUAUAAUUUAUCAGGGUCAUCAUGGUGAUUGUGGCGCUGCUAUAGCUGACGCAGUUUUACCUGGCGCUGCGUAUACAGAAAAACAAGCGACAUAUGUUAAUACAGAAGGAAGAGCACAACAAACUCUUGUUGCAGUGUCUCCACCCGGAUUGGCGCGUGAGGACUGGAAAAUUAUUAGAGCACUAUCAGAGUUCGUUGGCCAACGGCUACCGUACGAUAAUUUAGAUCAAAUCCGGUGCCGUUUAGAAGAAAUUGCACCACAUCUGACCAGAUAUGGGAAUGUGGAAUCUGCAAAUUACUUUUCACAAGCAUUAGCGCUAGCACUGAAGGAGUCGGCAACUGUAAAUAAGAAACCUAUUUCGGUUACACAAAAAUCAUUAGAAGAUUUCUACAUGACCGAUGUUAUAAGUAGAGCUUCUGCUACAAUGGCUAAGUGUGUAACCGCUUAUAAAACACAACAAUGUUCGAAAUACUAGAUACACUAUGUAAUAAAGUUAGAAAAUGAGUUCA